GACGACAAGAGGGAGCCGGACGGACGACAGAGUCGUUUUCUCGUCAGUCGUACACCAGUAUAACCGCAGUAGCACGACCAUAUUAUUAUGAUAUUACAUUGUUUUCAGUAAACGUACAAUUCUCGAAUGGGUUAUAUUUUCAUCAAAACUAACAAUUAAUUAAUAAUUAUUUCACUUUUUAAUCAUACACAUACACUUAGUACUCAAUUAAUUAUUUUUUAUUUCAAUUUUUUAAGCGGACAGCUAUAUAAAUUAAAAAUUUAUUUCAUUAUUUUAUAAAAUAUAUAAAUAAAAAUAAGAUGUCUACUUAUUUUCAGCGAUCGACCGUAACGAAUGUUUUAUUUUUCAUCAUAGGUCUUGUAUGUUCAAUUCAUAGUAAAGAAGAAAUAACAUGUUAUGUAUGUACUCCACAUUUAAACUCCAGUGAUACAGAAGUUUCAGAAGACUAUUUUACCUUUGAGGAUUAUAAUACUGAAAAUAUACCAAAUUGUGGCUCUAGUUCAGGAAAAAAUUUUGUAUUAAAAUGCCCAGAAGGAUAUAAAGGGUGUCUAACUAUAAUUUAUGGCGAAAAUACAUUGAAAUCAUGUAAUGAGCUUGCUAUCAGUGACUGUAAGAUAGCAAAUGGCAUUGAAUACUGUUUUUGUGAUCAUGCUUUAUGCAACAAUGCAACUCAAAACUCAAUUACUUCAGAUGAUGAAGAUGUAGAUGAUGGAAGUGGGCAAGAUAAUCAGAUACAAUUAAAUGAAAAUAUUAAUAAAAAUUAUAUUAACACUAAAAUAAUAUUAAAUAAUACGUCAGUAAAAAAUAUUUCACUUACAAAAACAUCAGCUGCAAAAUUAUUACUGCCUAAGAAUUUUAAUAUUUUAGGUUUACUUAUAAUCUAUACAAUUUUAUAAUUUAAAAACUUAAGUUACAGAGCAUG